AUGCUCCUCUUAACCGUGUUAGCCAUCUUCCUUCCUGCGACCGCCAGUGUCACUGGGACUGGUGCUAGCGCUGCGAGCGUGUGCACGGCUUGGGACGAAGAUGUCGGCAGUCUUCUGCAACAUUUGCCGAUGACGCGACUUCAGAAUUCCUCAGGGGCCCGGUCGCCUUCCAGGAGAUCGAAGAAAGUGAUGCUGCUACAGCGAAGUGGCGCUGACCACAAGAAAACGCAGAGGAUACUGACUGCGAAGCACUGCGUGCCCAUUGGGGUCACGGGAGCUAGCCUUGGCUAUUAUGCUCUGGUCCUCCUGGCAUCUCUCUGGGCCACGGCCGAAGGCGGCCAGUGGUCGCAGUGGUCACAGUGGUCGCAGAUGGCCCAGAGCUGCAUCUGGCAACUCUUGAUGGGCUUGGCGGCCGGGUACUUCGCCAAGGAGAAUUUUCGAGCUACAGCGCUGUGGACCUGCCUCGUCUCUGGGGUAGCAUCCCUGGGAGCUUGUCACGCCGAGAUCGCCCAUGGGUUCGUUGCGAAGGAGGGUGCUGAGCCCAAGCUGGCGAUGAUGAUUCGAGGAUGGACUGUCCCGCAUGCCCUGUGGAUGUUCUUCUUCCAGCUUGCCAUGUUCUCCACGCUCCUGUUCAAGGGUGAUGCAGGUGUCGAGCUCGCCUGGACGCUGUCUUUGUUGGCCAUGCUCCUCUCAACUUAUCUUGCUUAUGUUAGCUUGUUCCUUCGCUCACAGACUCGGGCGAGCUACUGGAUCCUCAUUGCAUGCAGCACCAGUCUGCUGGUCAUGCUGACUGUGGCCUACGCGCAGCUUGCUGGGAAGGGUGAGCCUUCUUGCAUGGAGGACUGGGAGGGCUUCCUCGCGGUGCGGCAUAACCCAGCUGCUGCCAUUGGCCUGGCUGCCUUCAUAUGCAUCAUGUACUGGUUCCAUGAAUUCGCUCCAGGUACUGCGAUCCGACGUGUUGCUUUCCUUGGAAUUUUGCUAUUGCUUCUGACGCCGGGAAUGUCUGCCAUCAUUGGCAGAGACUUGCUUUACGGCCCUUGGGGAAUGUUUGGCGGCGACAAUGACGACACAAAGCUGACCCCGUUUGGGUAUGAGGUCCUCGCUGUGGCAGUGCCUGCGGCCUUGUGGAUGUGCGCCAGUGGGCAUCCUGACAUCCUGGAAGUGGGAUGGGAGCACCGCGGCCCGUCUGCGACCCUGGCGCUGCUUCGGAUCCUCCUGGUCUACUGGCUGCUCGUUAAUCCAAACUGGGGCGGGGAGACCCCCAUCAUGACAUGGUAUUCUCCGGACCUGUGGCCAGGAGGCGAGGCCAUGCAGGCCGCUCUUGCCCUCGUCCUGGUCUGUCUGGCGCUGGGCAUCUUCGCCCCCUUGGCUGCGGCCGUAGCAGCAGCAGCCUUCAGCUUGGGUUGCACUCGCUUUGACCCGGAUUGCCCCACGCAGCAUGCGGCGAUGGUGCUGCUGAUCCUGGCCUUUGCCCCUUGUGAUGACUGCUUCUCUUUGAAAUCACUUCUGGAGCGGUUCCACCCGGGAUGGCGUGGCUGGAGCCGCGGUUGCAACAGCCCUUUGUGGGCGCAGUGCUUCUUGCGCCUGCAGAUGAGCCUGCUGUACUUCUGGGCCGCCGAGUUCAAGGCUCGGCUGACCUGGAUGCAAGGAAAGACGCUCUACCACGACAUCAAGAUCCUGGAGUAUUCGCCUCUCAAAAGUGUCUGGUAUUGGAUCUUCUGGACGGAGCCCAUGAGGCAAGGCUUUACGAUGUUCCUGGCCUGGACCUCCCUUGCCCUGGAGCUCAUUGUCCCCUACUUGCUAUGGAGCAAAAGCGCUCACCCGUACGCCGUGGCCUUGGCAGCUCUCAUGCAUCUGAGCAUGAGCCUGCUUGCUGGUCAGCUCGGCGGCUUUUCGCAGAUCUGCUGGAUCACCCUCCUGGGUAGCCUGAAGGACAAGCGAGUCGAGGACUUCUUGCAGGAUCCGCGGAAUUUUGUUCUGAGUGUGUUGGGCGGCAUUGCCCUGAUGGCCACCAUCGGGGAUGCUUUCGAGAUUCAUGGUGAACCAUACGGGAGCCUCGACCCUGGACAGAACAUGCGCAGUGAUGGAAGUCAGUGA